CGAGGGCAACGCAUUUGAUCCGCGUUUCGCCGAACCGAAGAAGACUUCUGCAACCUGGCGGUUAAACUUGUGCUUCAGCAGUGCCAUGGUGUGUCGAAUUGAAACUCUUCUAUCCGUCUGCAUCGGAGUGUACCACAUGGUUAAGGAAUAUUAACCACUUCUGCGAGCCGCUGCUCGAAGCGACGCCUCAAUCAACGGUACCACCAAGCGUCGAGCCGACGCUCUUCUGAUUGCCUGCGUCUGGAUGUACCAAGGCUAACUAUCACAGAAAGAGGCAACAUUCAUCACGUAUGCGGGCUGCUGCUUGAAGCGACGCGUCAUUCAACAAUGCCAACGAGUGUCGAGUCGAGGUUCUGUCUUUGUGCAUCUGGAUCUACCAAAGAUAACUGCCACGGGAAUAAGUAAUAUCGACCACUUCUGCGAGUUGCGGCUCAAAGAGACGCGUCGAUCAACGGGCCACCAGAAGAACAUUACUAUUUGAAGUGACGCGUAGUGUCUCCAGGGUCUCCGAAUGUCGACUCAAGCUUCUCCUUACAUCAGUAUGUGAACGUAUAACAAUAGGUACGACAUAGACAGGUCACAUUCAUCUCUUCCUAUUUGUGCUCCUCAAAACAACACAUAAGCAGGGACGCUUAGCGUAGAUUCAAGCUCUUCUUUACGUCUGCAUCUAGAUUUCUCAAGUGUAAGUACCAUCUGAAUAGGUAAUAUCGACCUCUUUUUCGAGUUCGAAGGAAUGCUUCAGCAGUGCAACUGCGCGUUUGUGUGCGUGAGCGACAAGUAGCAAACAAACAGAUGUGACGUUGAUCCCUGAAGUUCUGCUGCGAAGUCAUUGCUGCCUCUCCAAAACGUGCUUCCCCAGUACACUCUGGUUCGAGUGUUCGUGAAUAGUGCCAAAGUUUGAUCCUGUGAUUGCCGUUCGUUUAAUUCGACACUUAUACGGAAGUCUUCCAGUCCCCGUGAACAUUUGCUCACGUCUUGGCGUCUGGACUACGGUUCCCAAAGCACAAGGUGUUGUGAUAUUUAAAUAGCAGAGCUCCGGGGUUCUGCUUGUGUGUCCGACAUCGUCACAGCGGUUCUUCAUGGAUUACUGUCAUCGCCAAGCUAUGGCGUCCGACCAAAGGUUCGCGGAAGCGGCACCAGAGGGCGACGCCCCUCGUCGCAAGAUGUCCGGCGAGGAGAUAAGGGCGGUGAGCAAGCGGCUCUUCCGGCGCUCCACACUCCUGGAUGCCAACAGCGCCGCCACAGCAGCCUCGGAGAUGGCGGCCGGAGGAGAUUCGUCCUCCGACGAAGACCCGCCACCACCCCGCGUCGUCGGCAUACAGGUGGCGCCCGAGGGUCCCAUCUACGAGCUGCCUCCGCCACCACGCAAGGUUCCGCCCCCGCCCCCGGUCCGGAGGGACUCGCUGCAGGCCCCGCCGGGGGAGUCCUUGUUGCCUCCGCCUUCGCGGGAGCUGUUCCUCUCCGAUGACGAAGACAGCAGACCGACGGCGGUGACUCCGGCUUUUCCCCUGCCACCCAAGAAGUUUCCGAACCCGCACGCUGGCCUCCUAGGAACGACGACGGCCACAGCCGAUGAACAAGCGCUUCCGCGGCUACACGGAGGCGCUGAGCUCACAGCGGAUGCUUCGGCGACGUCACCGGCUCGUCCCGCCAGACCCGGGGUAGUACACUUCGCCGCCGCGCCUCCCACGGUCGUGCUGGUCCCCUUGAGUCCCGAGGACGUGAGCAGUCCUCGAAAAAAGUCGGCCACGCUGGGGAACUUCUUGGACACCCACGAGACCAGCUGGAAGUUCACGCCGGGCCACCAGGCCGCAGCAACACCCGAUGCCGCCGCUGCUGGCGAUCAUGCACCGGCGCUCGGCGCGCCCCCACGCAAGGACAGCAAGGAUGAAACGAUGACGUCGUCCUCCGACACCGACGAUUUCGAAGACCUUCCGCCGCCGCCACUGCCGGAGUGUGGUACCGAGGACUCUACCGACUCCAGCGAGAACAUCUACGAAGACAUUGGACCGGUCCGCGUACCGAUGGACGGACAGCGGUCGCCGCAGAUCAGCGUCGCGACACUGUCGUUAGUUCGGCCUCCGAAGAGCAGGAAGUUUGCCCGGAGUUUGCACGACGUACUCAGUGCCCACGCGGAUGCGUCCAAAGCAAAAAUGGUCGAGCUCCAGGAAGAAGGGAAAAAUGCCAUCGACACGCCUGGAAGUCCAACCCUGCCGGAGUUGCCCCCGCAGGAUUAUGUCCUUGACGAAAUGGAAGAAAGGGCCAUGAUUGAACCACCAUCCUAUGAGGACCCAAAGUUUAAGGAACUGAUCGCUGUACUCAUUGAAUGGAUCAACGACGAGCUGGCCAGCCAUCGAAUCAUUGUGAAAGAUAUCGAAGAGGAUCUCUUUGAUGGACAAGUUUUACAGAAACUUCUCGAGAAACUUAGUGGGAAGAAGCUCGAUGUGGUAGAAGUGACGCAGUCAGAAGAAGGUCAGAAGCAGAAACUGAAAACCGUUGUGGACUGUGCAAACCAGGUGCUUGGACUUCCAAAGUGGGGACAGUACAAGUGGAGUGUGGAAAGCAUCCACCAAAAGAAUGUGGUGUCCAUCAUUCACCUGUUGGUUGCCCUGGCUCGGCACUUCCGGGCACCAGUCAGGCUCCCUGAAAACGUGGUCGUGAAUGUUGUUGUUGUUCAGAAACGCAAUGGAAUCCUGCACCCUAGGACUGUUCAGGAAGAGCUGACGUCAACAUAUGAUGACCUUGGCAUGAGAGUUGAACGAGAUGCCUUUGAUACAUUGUUCGAUCACGCCCCGGACAAACUGCAAGUUGUGAAAAAGUCACUCAUGAGCUUCGUAAACAAGCACCUUAACAAGAUCAACCUCGAGGUUUCGGACUUGGACACACAGUUUCAGGAUGGCAUCUACCUGGUUCUCCUCAUGGGCCUGGUCGAAGGGUACUUCGUACCCCUCUAUUCAUUUUUUCCAACACCUUCAACAUUUGACCAGAAGGUCCACAAUGUGUCCUUUUCAUUUACUCUUAUGACGGAUGCCGGUCUGCCGAAACCCAAGGCAAGACCAGAAGAUUUGGUAAAUGCUGACCUGAAGUCCACCUUGAGAGUGCUGUACAACCUGUUCACAAAGUAUAAAGACACAUGACCUGUCUUUGGCCGGAGGCAACUGGUGGUUCUGUGCCCCUGGAGGCUUCACACUGCCAAGCAUCUUGCAUUUAACAUUGAAUACUAAUUAAGCUUUUACCCUAAAGUGCCUUUUAUGAGAAUCAUUUGUAGCAAAUGCCAAGCAGUGACUACCAAAUGAAUUACUCGUUUUUUGUUUUAAAUGUAAUAUGUUGAUGCAGGGUUGCCAUGACAUAAUCGUAAAGAAAGAUGUGUGAGUACAUCUGUACAUAACAGACGAAGAUAAAAUAAGCUAUUUAUUUACAUGCCUUUAGUCACUGAUGAUGCUAAUUGUGCCUGCAAUGUUUUUUUCUGCUGUUAUUGUAGAAGGCUGGUCCGCAAUAAAUUGCUCCUCUCUUUGUUGUA